AGGAAUUUGUGGCGGAGAGAGCAAAUAAGUGCGGCUCUCCCCGGCGUCCCGAUGCUCGCACCAUGUCGAGGCGCAAGCAGGCGAAACCUCAGCACAUCAACUCCGAGGAGGACCAGGGCGAGCAGCAGCCGCUGCAGGCGACCCCGGAGUUUGCAGAUGCGGCCCCAGUGGCGACCGCGCCGGGGGAGCCGGGUGCUCCAGUGAACCACCCAGGGAACGAUGACGAGGCGAGUGAGGACGAAGCCACAGUAAAGCGGCUUCGUCGGGAGGAGACGCAUGUCUGUGAGAAAUGCUGCGCGGAGUUCUUCAGCAUCUCCGAGUUUCUGGAACAUAAGAAAAAUUGCACUAAAAAUCCGCCUGUCCUCAUCAUGAAUGACAGCGAGGGCCCGGUGCCUUCAGAAGACUUCCCUGGAGCGGUACUGAGCCAACAGUCCUCCAGUCCCAGCAGUAAGGACAGUCACAGGGAGAAUGGUGGCAUCUCAGGGGACAUGAAGGAGAAGCCAGGUGCGGAGUCUGUGGUGUACCUAAAGACAGAGACAGCUCUGCCACCCACCCCCGAGGACAUAAGCUAUUUACCCAAAGGCAAAGUGGCCAACACUAACGUGACCUUGCAGGCACUACGGGGCACCAAGGUGGCGGUGAAUCAGCGGAGCGCGGAUGCCCUCCCUGCCCCUGUGCCCAGUGCCAACAGCAUCCCGUGGGUCCUGGAGCAGAUCUUGUGUCUGCAGCAGCAGCAGCUCCAGCAGAUCCAGCUUACCGAGCAGAUUCGUGUCCAGGUGAACAUGUGGGCCUCCCAUGCCCUCCACUCGAGCGGGACAGGGGCCGAAACGCUGAAGACCCUGAGCAGCCAUGUGUCCCAGCAGGUCUCUGCAGCUGUGGCUCUGCUCAGCCAGAAAGCUGGAAGCCAAGGUCUGUCUCUGGAUGCCUUGAAACAAGCCAAGCUACCUCACGCCAACAUCCCUACUGCUACCAGCUCCCUGUCCCCAGGGCUGGCGCCCUUCGCUCUGAAGCCGGAUGGGACCCGGGUGCUCCCGAACGUCAUGUCCCGCCUCCCGAGCGCUUUGCUUCCUCAGGCCCCAGGCUCGGUGCUCUUCCAGAGCCCUUUCUCCACUAUGGCGCUAGACACAUCCAAGAAGGGGAAGGGGAAGCCCCCAAACGUCCCUGCGGUGGAGGUCAAACCCAAGGACGAGGCAGUCUUCUGCAAGCACAAGUGUAAGUACUGUAGCAAGGUUUUCGGGACUGAUAGCUCCUUGCAGAUCCACCUCCGCUCCCACACUGGAGAGAGACCCUUCGUGUGCUCUGUCUGUGGUCAUCGCUUCACCACCAAGGGCAACCUCAAGGUGCACUUUCACCGACAUCCCCAGGUGAAGGCAAACCCCCAGCUGUUUGCCGAGUUCCAGGACAAAGUGGCUGCAGGCAAUGGCACCCCCUAUGCGCUCUCCGUACCUGACCCCAUAGAUGAAUCAAGUCUUUCCUUAGACAGCAAACCUGUCCUUGUAACCCCCUCCGUAGGGCUACCUCAGAAUCUCUCUUCGGGGACUAAUCCCAAGGACCUCUCGGGUGGCCUGUUGCCCAGUGACCUGCAGCCUGGGCCUUCUCCAGACAGUGAGGGUGGACCCAUACUCCCUGGGGUGGGACCACACCAUCAUUCCCCAAGGGCUGGUGGCUUCCAAGGGAGUGGGACCCCCGAGCCAGGGUCAGAGACCCUGAAACUGCAGCAGCUGGUGGAGAACAUUGACAAGGCCACCACCGAUCCCAACGAAUGUCUCAUUUGCCACCGUGUCCUAAGCUGCCAGAGCUCCCUUAAGAUGCAUUACCGCACCCACACCGGGGAGAGACCAUUCCAGUGUAAGAUCUGUGGCCGAGCCUUUUCUACCAAAGGAAACCUGAAGACACACCUCGGGGUUCACCGAACCAACACGUCCAUUAAGACACAGCAUUCGUGCCCCAUCUGCCAGAAGAAGUUCACCAACGCCGUGAUGCUGCAGCAGCAUAUUCGCAUGCACAUGGGCGGUCAGAUUCCCAACACGCCCCUGCCGGAGAAUCCCUGUGACUUUACGGGUCCCGAGCCGACAACAGUGGGUGAGAAUGGCAGCACCGGCGCCAUCUGCCGUGACGACGCCAUCGAAAGCAUCAACGUAGACGAAGUUGGCUCCCAGGAGGCUCCCGGCAGCUCCUCAAAGGUCCCCACGCCUCUUCCCAGCAUCCACUCGGCAUCACCCACACUAGGGUUUGCCAUGAUGGCUUCCUUAGAUGCCCCAGGGAGAGCGGGUCCUGCCCCUUGUAACCUGCAGCGCCAGAGCAGCAGAGAAAACGGUUCCGUGGAGAGCGACGGCUUGACCAACGACUCGUCCUCGCUGAUGGGAGACCAGGAGUAUCAGAGCCGGAGCCCAGAUGUCCUGGAAACCACAUCCUUCCAGGCACUUUCCCCGGCCAAUAGUCAAGCCGAAAGCAUCAAGUCAAAGUCUCCCGAUGCAGGGAGCAAAGCAGAGAGCUCCGAGAACAGCCGCACUGAGAUGGAAGGUCGGAGCAGUCUCCCUUCCACGCUUAUCCGAGCCCAGCCGACCUAUGUCAAGGUUGAAAUUCCUGGCACGUUUGUGGGACCCUCAGCCUUGUCCCCAGGGAUGACCCCUUUGCUAGCAGCCCAGCCACGCCGACAGGCCAAGCAACAUGGCUGCACACGGUGUGGGAAGAACUUCUCGUCCGCCAGCGCUCUUCAGAUCCACGAGCGGACUCACACUGGAGAGAAGCCUUUUGUGUGCAACAUUUGUGGGCGAGCUUUUACCACCAAAGGCAACUUGAAGGUUCACUACAUGACACAUGGAGCAAACAAUAACUCGGCCCGCCGUGGAAGGAAGCUGGCCAUCGAAAACACCAUGGCUCUGUUAGGUACAGACGGAAAAAGAGUCUCGGAAAUGUUUCCCAAGGAAAUCCUGGCCCCUUCCGUGAACGUGGACCCUGUUGUGUGGAACCAGUAUACCAGCAUGCUCAACGGCGGUCUGGCCGUGAAGACCAAUGAGAUCUCUGUGAUCCAGAGCGGCGGCGUUCCCACCCUCCCGGUUUCCUUGGGGGCCACCUCCGUGGUGAAUAACGCCACUGUCUCCAAGAUGGAUGGCUCCCAAUCAGGUAUCAGUGCAGACGUGGAAAAACCAGGUACGAAUGACAGCGUUCCCAAACACCAGUUUCCUCACUUUGUGGAAGAAAACAAGAUUGCGGUCAGCUAAGCUAAAGGAGAACGUGCGUGGAAGGACAAGGGCAGACAGUGACAUCUCUAGAAUCUGCUUCGUUUCGUGAGAACUCAUCUCCUCCUGUUUUCUUUUUCUUACUGAUAUGCAAAUGAUGUUUACCAUGGUUGUGACCACAACCUCAGGCAAGUCCUACAAUCACGAUUGUUGCUAUGCUGCUUUGCAAAAAAUU